UCGGUUAUUCGGCACUCUACAAACAAUUACUUCAUGAUAAAAUCUCUUGAAUUUGAUAUCCGUGGUUUUAUGAUCGCUAUUUUUGUAGUUAUUUCGCGCCAAUUUUUUUAGAAUUUUCGGGAAAUAACAGCUCAAUGUAUUUUUGUGAUAUAUUAUAUUUUGUAUACGUAUAUUGUAUUUGAAUGAUACACAUAGAAAUAUUGUGUUUUUCAGAUAUAUUAUGAAGUAUGACCUCAUUUCAUGUAACUAUUAGCAUCAAUUUGAAGAAAGUAGAGCGUUGAUGUUAUACAUAUGUUGAACGUAAUUGUAUUACUAAUUAAGUUUUUCAAACGUAAUUGAACAUUAUAUAGAAAAGAGAAUAAAAUAAAACGUUAUUAAUUUGUGUGAUGGUCUUUAUCAAGCUGUUUAGUUUAUAAUUUUCAAAAUACAUGUUUAUUUAAACAUGUCUAAAUUUCAUUAUUAUUCAAUGUAUAAUCAUGAAGGAAAAAUGUUAUUGACAAUAUACAUAUUUCUACUUUUAUAAUCAUUGUAGAAUGUCACAGGAAUAUGGAUAAAGAAGUUCAGCUUAAUAUUCAUAAAAUUCCAAGCGGCAAGAUGACAGCUUGUAAGGGUAUAAAUAUAUUAAUGGAUUCUAUUAUACAUUCCUCUCCAUCUUCUUCUUCUCCAUUGCGACGGAAGUCUGUAAUUCCUCAAAAAAUAAACAGUUUUGCUUUAUCAGAAAAUGAUGAUGAAGCAGAACGUUUGGCUCGUCGCCGAGAAAUUACUGAUACUGCAUCAUCAAUUUCUACAAGUUUAAAUGAUAGAAGACGUUCUUUGGGACUUGGUUUUCUAGUGAAUAUGCCAGCUUCUCAAAUGGCAGAACGCAUAUCACAAUGUAUAAAACUUGGUACAGAGAAUAAAAUUAACUCCAAAAAUGCAUUUAGCUUAGAAAUGAUUGAUUUUAUGACAUAUAUGAUUAAGAAAAAAGAUGCCAACAUGUCUAAUUUGCAAGUAGCUAGUACAUCUUUGGAUGUAAGUACUAAAAUCUAUGGAUAUCGUGUUGAUGGUGUACAUAUGGAUAUACUCAAAAUGAUUGGUGGACUGGAAAAACAAGACAAAGACAGUAAAAACCAAAAUAAUAUGGAAGAAAUGGAUUGUCAAGAAGCAACAGAGAACAGCCAAGAUAAACGAAAGCAAGAAAAAAGAAAGAAGAAAAAAAAUAAACAAACAAUAUUUGCCACUGUUGAAGCUUUAAAAAUGAAUGUUGAAACUGAGAAACCUUCUUUAAUAACUAUGGAAGCAGAUUUACAAACCACAGAUAUGUUGUAUCAAGUGAUGUUGCCAAACCAUGCAAAUUCCAAAUUUUAUCUACAUCCUUAUAAUGAUAUUUUAAUAGAUACAGUAAAUAGCAAAGACUUGCAACAUAAAUAUACAGGGUGUGAUAUUCCAGAAAUAAGAGAUUUUUCAAACAUGCAAAUUGGUGCUCCUUUAUUCUAUUUUGAUUUUCUUAGUUGGACGAUAGAUGAACCAAAUGAGGUAAUUCCAGAAGAAAAUAAUGGGAGCAAAUUUCAAUUUGAUCUUGAUGAAAACUCAGUACAUGACAAUGAACAUGUAUCUACUGGUAUGAAUUAUUUUGAUAUUGAAGUGACAGAAGAAGAAAAUGUAGAUAGAUGUGCUAUUAUACCUAAUCAGGUAGAAAAUAUUGUGGAUUUUUGUAAAGUUUUAACUAAUACGGUAUCAUCAAAAGUUUCAGAAUAUUCCUUUAUUCAAAAGAGCUUAAAUAUACAUUGGGCUGGCCCAUCUCACUGGAAAGCAACUAAUUUUAAAAAAACUUUAUUUAGUAAUAAUUUUGAGAAUCAACUAUGUCGUCAAGCACAAGCAAAGAAGAAAAAUAAGGAAAUGGAGUUGUGUUAUGAUGAUAAAACGAUUGAAAACAUGAAUAUUAAAUUUUUACCAAGUCAGUUAACUAAACUGCAUACUAGAACUGUUAAAAUAGAAUGGAAUGAAGAAAUAUUAACAUUACCUCCAGAUAAACAUUAUGAUAUUAUACAAGCUAGUAAAUUAUAUCUUCAUACAACAACACUUAAAAAUUCAAGAAAUGCAAAUAAUAUAAAUGUUACUACUUUAUCUGAUAACAUAGAAAAUUAUAAUUAUAUAAAUGCAAAUGAUAUAUCAAGCCAUUGUUCUAACAAUCACAAUGAGGAAUAUGAACAAAAUGAAGAAAAUGAUGCAGUUGAUAAUGAUAUACAAUAUGAAAAUGAGGGUAUAUUUGGAAUACAAAUGCCUUUUACUGGAGACAAUCUAGUUGCUAUACCAAAACUCACAAAUAAGUUGUCUAUUGCUUAUUGUGUACGUCCCAAAAAAGUUGACAUGAGACAAUUAAAAUAUUCUAUUUGGAAAUGUUUAAAAGAUAAUACAGAAAAGGAUGUACAAGAAACAGAGAGUAGAAAAACAAUGCAACAAGAUAGAGGUAACAAAAUGAAUAGUAGUAAAUAUUUUAGUGAUAUUUAUAAAGUAUUGCCAGGUAUAUUAACUAAAACUAAUAUUGAAGCUUUAAGCUUUCCAAUUUCGUUUGUGUCUUUAUUGCAUUUAGCAAAUGAAAAAACGUUAAAAAUAAAUUCUUCAUAUGACAUGACAGAUCUUAUUAUAGAGCAAGGAUAAAUAUAUUUAUAUAAAACUAACAAAAAUUAUAAUAUUUAUAAUUACGAGAUUAUAAAAAAUUAUAUAAAAUAAGAAUUGAAUAUGAAUUGAGAAGAUUAUGUAAUUAACAAUUAAACAACAUUUUGCUUUGAAUAAAAUAGAUAUGUGUGUGAUAAA